AUACUUUCGCUGCGGAAUCAAAAGGUCAGAAGCUAGAGCUUACUUGACGACACUUUGAGAUAAGAUAAGGGCGAGAUAGAAAACACCACACACUAUAAAUACGCUCGAAACGGAACAUAAAUCACAGUCGUAUUUGGAUCAUGGCAGGAAUCACAGUAUCGGAAUUGAAUCGUUGUCUCCAGGCUUGUGGAUUCGAUGCACUGGGCGAUAGUCUGGCUUCGACAAUCACUGGAAAGAUCAACGGAUCAAUCGGCAGUCGCAAUGAGGCGGCCAUGUUUAUUGCUCAGUUAUUCCACGAGAGCAACGGCUUUAAGUACCGGGAAGAGAGAAGUCGUGGUGCAGGACAACCUUACCCCCCGUACUACGGUCGAGGAUACAUACAGUUGACCUGGGACUACAACUAUCGUGCAGCGUCCAAAUAUUUGUACGGCAAUGAAAGUGUUUUGUUGAAUGACCCGGAUCGGGUAUCUAGAACCCCGGAAGUUAGCAUGGAUGUAUCUACCUGGUUCUGGAAAACAAUAGUUCGUCCCAAAGCGGCACCGUUCGACAAUUUUUACCGCACAACCGGCGCUAUUAAUGGAGCAUUGGAACCUCCUGGUAGUGAGCUUGCAAGACGACGUUACAAUUUGUAUUGCAAGGUAGCUCAGGUGCUAGAUGCUUAUCCUUUGGCUCGCGAAUGCUAGACAAUGAAGUGUUUUAUUUACGUCAAAAAGUUUGGCUAAAGCUCUGGAAAUGAAAUAAAUGUGUAGUGCAAAACUACGAAGU